UUUGUUUUUUUCAAUUAGAAUUUGCAAGAAUGAGUGAUAAUCGUAUGUGGAUGUACGCGAGAUACAAUGAUCGUCUUGCAUUUGAAAUGGGACUUGAGACUUUCCUUGAGUACGCAAGAAAUCAAACGGCGUACACAGAUGGAGAGGGUAACAUUAGGUGCCCGUGUAAGAAGUGCAAGAAUCAAGCGUAUUUGGAUGUACCUACAGUCAGAAAACAUGUUGGUAGGUGUGGAUUUGUUCUGAAUUACACAAAUUGGGUUUCUCACGGGGAAGCACGACUGUAUAUGCCGACAGCGGAUGGGUCCGGACCGCUUGUUUCUGGGACUCCCGAGACUCUAGAGGUUGGUACUACUUCACGGGCUAAAAGGCCCAAGGGCCCUACAGCUACACAGAUCAGAGCCCGAUCGGCUAUAGACGGAGGGAGGAUUUGGUUCGAGAGGGAUGCUACUGGUAAAUUGAUGGAGCCGCUUGGCCUGUCCAAAGCUUGCACUGCUUCAUUUAAGAGGUUUGAUAACCCAGGCGGUUACACAUGGAAGAAGACGCACCCGGAUAUUAAGACGGCGUAUUUUAAUGAAUUACGGAAAGAGUUUUCUUGGGCGCCCGAGGAUGAGAAGGAAGUGAGGGACAUGUGGGAGAAAAAUGCCCGCAAAAGGUACUUCGACAUGAUCAGCGAGUACAAGUCAGAUCUCAUGAAGAGCCUGGACAGAGGGAAAGAGAUGUCUAGACCCGCCUGGAUGAGUCCAGAAUUCUGGACAGGACUCCAGGAAUACUGGCAGAGUCCCGAGGCUCAGGCACUUUCUGCGCGAGCACGUGCCAACCGGAUGUCCGAGCACGAUGGGCAGGGUACAGGGGUCAGUAGGCACGUGGACGGAUCUCAGUCGACUCGUAUCCUACAGCAGUAUAUGGAUGCGCCGAACUAUGCCACCUUCCUCCGCCUCCACAUGUACGCCGAUGGAAGUUAUACGUCGGAGAGAGACGCAAGAAUUGAUCACGAGGUUCAUCGACUUGCCGCUGCCACAGGACGAGAGCACCGGCUAGAUGAGGUGUAUUUGGAGGUGGUACAGUCGGACAGGUCAAGGAUCUACGGCGUCGGAAGUGUCGGGCAGAGCCAGGCUAGUAGGGGGUCUACCCGCAGCACGGGCACUUCUGCGGUGUCUCAACAGCUUUAUGAGACACGGAUCUCCACGCUGGAGGAGCGCAUGCAACAGCAAGAAGAGGAGUGGGCUGUAGAGAGGGCUGCAAUAGAGGCACGAUUGGCUGCAGAGCAAGCAGAACGUCAAGCCUUCAUGGAGCGCUUUGCCCAAAUGGAGCAGUUAAUGAAGCUGUAUGGAUGGAGCUCGCAUCGAGCUCCAUCCCCUACUCAUCGUCAUCAUGAUGAUGAUGCUGCUGCUUAGGUCUCUCUCCGAUGAUGAUGAUGCUAGACUUUUAUAUUUAUAUUUUCGAACAAAAUUACAUUUGCACUUUAUUUUCACAUUUAUGUUUUAUUGAACUAAAUAUUUCAA